GGAAUCCCACAAUAGCAGGCGGAGAGGAUUUUUUUUUCCGAAGCGGAGCUGGGCUAGUGGUUGUUUGAAUCAAAGGGAAGCAGAGGGAAGGGAGGCUCUGUGGGGAGAUGUAAGAUGGCAGAGCUACAAAUGUUGUUAGAGGAAGAGAUUCCAGCCGGUAAAAGAGCGCUUGUGGAGAGUUACCAAAACCUUACCAGAGUAGCAGACUACUGCGAGAACAAUUAUGUCCAGGCCCAGGACAAGAGGAAAGCUCUGGAAGAGACCAAAGCCUACACCACCCAGUCCCUGGCCAGCGUGGCCUACCAGAUCAAUGCCUUAGCCAACAAUGUGCUGCAGCUGCUGGACAUCCAGGCCUCGCAGCUGCGGCGCAUGGAGUCCUCCAUCAACCACAUCUCCCAGACGGUGGACAUCCAUAAAGAGAAAGUGGCCAGGCGGGAGAUCGGGAUCCUGACCACCAACAAGAACACGUCGAGGACCCAUAAGAUCAUAGCGCCGGCUAAUAUGGAGCGGCCUGUCAGGUACAUCAGGAAGCCUGUUGACUACAAUGUAUUGGAUGACGUCGGCCAUGGUGUCAAGUGGCUAAAAGCCAAGCAACAUGGAAACAAUCAGACUAUCAGAGGAGGAACACUAUCGAGGACCAAUCCGCCCACGCAGAAGCCGCCGAGCCCUCCCAUGUCAGGGCGUGGCACGCUCGGACGCAACACAUCCUACAAGACCCUGGAGCCGGUGAAGCCUCCCACAGUGCCCAACGACUACAUGACCAGCCCCGCCCGACUGAACAACCAGCAGGGCCAGCAGAGCCCCGGACGCACGGCAUCACUCAACCAGAGGCAGCGCACACACAGUGGAAGCAGCGGGGGUAGCAGCAGCAGGGAGAACAGCGGCAGCAGUGCUAUUGGCAUUCCCAUCGCCGUGCCUACACCCUCCAUCCCCAACUCUGGACCAGUACCGCCAAUGUUCGCUCCUCCGGGGGCCCCACCCCCACCACCCCCUCCUCCUCCUCCUCCUCCUCCUCCUCCUCCUCUUCCUCCUCCCGCUCCUCCCAUGGCCGGGCUCGGCCCCCCACCACCACCACCACCUCCUCCACCUAUAGCGGUGGCCCCUGGGCCUGGUCUGGGACCCGCUCCAAUGUCCCAGUUUGGAACCAUCUCGCGGCAGAUUUCGCGGCACAACCCCUCCAACUCCUCUGUCUCUAUGGUUUCGGCCACGGGCACGUACCGCCGGGCGCCGUCGGUCACUUCCCAGUUCUCCUUGCAGCAGCAGCAGCAACUACAGCAACAACAACUACUACUACAGCAGCAGCAGCAACAACAGCAGCAACAGCCUCAUAUUAAUGGAGGCACUCAUGGCUACGGCCAGAACUCAAUGUCUAUCGCUCCUCCUCCUCCCCCCAUGCCCCAGCUGACUCCACAGAUACCUCUGACUGGCUUUGUGGCCAGGAUGCAGGAGAGCAUUGCAGAUACUCCUACUCCACCUCCCCCUCCGCCUCCAGAUGACUUGCCCCUGUUUGACGACUCUCCUCCACCUCCUCCGCCUCCUCCAGUUGAUUAUGAGGAGGAGGAUGCUGCCGUGGUGCAGUACAGUGACCCCUACGCUGAUGGAGACCCCCAGUGGGCCCCCAAGACCUACGUCGAGAAAGUGGUGGCCAUCUACGACUACAGCCAGGACAAGGACGACGAGUUGAGUUUCAUGGAGGGUUCGAUCAUUUAUGUCAUCAAGAAGAACGACGACGGCUGGUAUGAGGGCGUUGCCAACGGCACCACAGGGCUGUUCCCCGGCAACUACGUGGAGUCCAUCAUGCACUACGCCGACUGAAGCAGUAACAGUAAAGUCUAUUUAUUCAGUCACAUCAUAAUCCACUGAGAGACUGACCGCCGCAACCUUGACUCCCGAGACGCGUAGACAUAACUGUAUGAUCCCCUUUUGAUAUGACAGAAUGUUCUUUCCCUUACUGAUUGCAAAUAAAAUGAAAAGUAAUAUCUAUUUAGUUUAUUUUGGUGUUAUAUGGGUGGGGUUGGGGACAUUUAUUGAAUAUGUAAAAAAGAAAAGAAAAAAAUUGGACUGAUCACGCCCGUUGAACUCAAAGACGAUGGUCACACAGCUGAAGGAUGUACGACAUCAUCUUGCCUGGACAAAAAAAAAGGAGAUUCAGAAGUGAAUGCUUUCUGAACACGAGUAUUAGGUUUUGAUGGAACAAAUCAAAUGUAAAACACCUUCAGUGGAAGUGUUUGUACUGUCAGUUGUAUAUAUUGUGAGCUGCAGCCACUUGAGUUUCUGUAAUGUGAAUUCAGUGAAUGUCGAUUACAUGAUAGUUUUCAUUGGUGGCGCCCUCCUCGACUCAACAAGGCUCAUUGGUCAAAUAAGACAGCCGGUCAAUCAUUUACAAAUUGAAAUACUGUAUAUGGUAUUUUAAAGACAAUUACUCCUGAAAAUCUUGGCAUUAAAAGCAUGCAACAUUUUAAGAGAUAUAAUGUAAUCUUAAGUUUAUUGCUUCCAUAAUGUUGUAAAUGUAUUCACCUUUUUAAUUUUUAUUACACUGUUGAAAUCACUGAACUGUUUUUAGACUGACGUAAGUUUCAGGCAUCGGAUAUUAACAUCAAAUUGACUUUUUCAUGCAUUUUGGAUCUGUUUAAAGCAAGAGAACACAUUUCAUUGUUUGGCUUAACAAGCAUUCAAAGAUUGUCACGUCACUGUUAGUUAAUAAUAAUCCUUGUAAAAAAACCUGUAGGAUCCAUUGGUAACUGGCUAUAAUGGACUAUGAUAGACAACGGAUAAUGUGCAGUGAUUUUUAGGCUGGAAUAGAUGCAUGACACUGCCAUGACAAUUCAAAUGUAAUGCAGACCAAUAAACAACUAAUACCUCCUCAGCCUUCAAAAAGCAACAAGGACCAUGUUGAAUGCUCUGAACAUGAAAUCCUCUGAGCUCUUUGUAUUUUUAACUCUAGUAAAAAAAAAUCAGCUGUCACUCAGGUCUAACAUCAUGAUAACGUAUGUCUUUCUGUUGGCCACCAUUCUGUACGUACCAUUUAACAACAUCAGACCAUUUCAGGAUACUGCAGCUUAUGCCUUGAUAUUUUGCCCAUUUGCUUUAGGAAUUUCCAAUUUAAAAACAUGUUCUGGCUCAAUUUCAUGGGUAGAAAUAUAGAAAUCUGUCUGCCCCUCAUUUGUACAUAUAAUAUGUUGAUUGAAAUAUUAAUGUACAGUCUUUUUAUAAUAAACAAUUCUAUGUACAAGA